GAUGCUGGUCGUUACCAGUGUCUUGUGCUGCUCAAUAUCGGCAGUUUUAAAACUCAGAGAGGAACAUAUCUGGAAGUGAUAGCUGCUCAGGGAGAUGUCCCAGUGGUGAAUGGGACAGUAGGAGAUUCAGUUACUUUACCAUGUUCCUUCAGGAUCAUGGGCCAUCUCAACCUGAGUACUGUUACCUGGAUGAGGAAGGAGCCCUAUCAAUGCAUUGUUACAUUUACAGUCCAACCACAAAAAAAUUGGAUAACUGUAAAUGGUGGAAAUCGAUAUGAGCUCAUCGGGAAUCCAAAGGAGGGAAAUGCCUCGACCAGGAUAAACCAGCUGAGUGUGAGGGACAAUCACACUUACCUGUGUGUGGUGGAAUACAUAUCAUUACACGAAGAUAUUCAGUGUCUGAUCCAGAAAGAGAGUCGGGUGCAUGUCAUACCCGAGGAUUCUGUUAAAGGUUGGUCAAUGACAGUCGCGGAUGGAGUGAGGGCUGAGGAAGGAGGAACCGCUGUCUUACCCUGCAGCUUUACCCACCCUGACACCAAUCUCACACUCAUUGGCUCCGUGAUAUGGAUUAAAUCUGACACAGGUGUUAUCUUUAAGUGUACAUAUUCUGAAACAGACCAUUCCCAGGGUGAGCUGUGUGAGAAUGUGACUCAGCAAGACAGUGGGAAUCGAUUCAGAUUCGUGGGGAACCUCAGCAACAAUGACAUCUCAAUAAUGAUGGAUGGACUGAGCCAGGAGGAUGCUGGUCCCUAUCUGUGUCGUGUGGAGCUCAACAUUGGCAGUUUUCAAACACAGUCUCCAACAAAGCUGGAAAUUGAAGCUACUCAGGGAAAUGUCUCAGUGGUGAGUGGGACAGAGGGAGAUUCAGUUACUUUACCCUGUAUCUUCAGGAGCUGGGACUCCCACACCCUGACCACUGUUACCUGGAUGAGGAAGGAGCCCUACCAACACAUCGUUACAUUUACAGCCCAAUCACAGGGAACUUGGACAACUGGACACGGUGGAAAUCGGUACGAGCUCAUCGGGAACCCAGAGGAGGGAAACGCCUCGACCAGGAUAAACCAGCUGAGUGUGAGGGACAAUCACACUUACCUGUGUCAUGUAGAAUACAGGUCAAGACUCAAUUCUCAGUAUCUGAUCCAGAAAGACACUCGGCUGCAGGUACAUGUGAAGAAGACUGAGCCCACCACUGUAAAUCCGCUGGUGAUUUCAUUGCUCAUCGUCCUCCUCAUCAUCAUCAUCAUCAGUGUCAUCAUCUUCAUUGCCUUCAGGAAGAAAGGAGGGUUUCCACGGCAAAUCGAGCUGAUCACAUUUUCAAGAAGAAAUGAUCCAGGUUCGUCCAGCAUUCCUGAGACUGCUCAGGCCCAACAGCCAUCUGAACCAGGUAAUCUCCAGUCAUCAACUUGUUGAAAGAUCUGUGAAAAGAGUCCCAGUCUGUGAGACAUAAAGAAAAGUCUCCGGAAAUCUGCAGAAGCUGCAUUGACCAGUGACUGGAAUUCAAGAAAGAUAUGCAGUCCUAUGUGCCUGUAAUAUAACCAGUGUCCAAAGGUUUCAUGGAAGCAUUGAUUGUUAAAAUGGUUAUUGAGCUACAAAAUUGCAAUUCUUUUAUCUUUUAAUUUUUCCCUUACGUUUGUGCGUGAGUCUGUAUGACUAUGCAUGUGAUGUCUGAUUGCAUGUUAAUUAUCAAAGCAGCUUGGGCUACAU